GGGGUCAAGGCGGCGGCUAUAAGAGCGUUGCCCGCCGAGUCGCCUGCAGACCGGCGAGACAGCCCGCAGACGCUCGGCAACAUGGCUCGCUCACUCGUAGUCCUCCUCUGCGCCCUCGCGGCGCUGGCCGCGUCGGAGAACCCGCUGCUCUCCCAGCUGGAGAACAUCGACGUCGACGCCGUGCUCGCCGAUCCGGAGAGGGUCGACGCGGCCGUCAAAUGCUUCCUCAGCGACACCGACGACAGCUGCAAUACCCGCGCCAAGGUCAUCAAGGGCCUGAUUGCUGAGACGCUGAAGACGAACUGCGCCGAGUGCUCGGACAAUCAGAAGGCGGGCGUGGCCAAGUUCAUGGCGCACAUCGCCAAGAACAAGCCGGAGGAGAUGAAGCAGCUGCUGGCCAAAUACGACCCCAAGGGCGAGGCGCUCGCCAAGUACGGUGACAGCUGGAGGGAGAAGGGCAUCAUCGUCUGAGCACGAGGGCGCAAAGGCAAGGGCGAGGGCGCCCACUCGUAGCGACUGGCGGGCACACGUCGAAGACUGUUCAAAAUCCCUGUACUUGUGGAGGACUGCUCUGAAAGGGAAAUAAAACCGUUUGUUUCGAACUUUA